CAAGAUGAUUGGUGUAGUGCUGCAGCAAAAUUAAGUAAUGGCGAACAAUUGAACUCAUAUUUUCCGGAGGACCUUCAUCUUGAAAGUUUGGUAGCACUAUUAAGAGGAGAUGCGAAAUUAAAUCUUCACUGUCAUGAGUUUUACGACGCAGAAACAAUGAUUCGAAUUUCCUUGGAAUUUAAUUUUACUAUUGCAGCCAUACAUCAUGCGACAAGUGCUUAUAUGAUUACUGAUAUAAUUAAAAAACGCGUAAAAAAUAAUAUUACUGUUGCAAUAUUUCCCGAUCUUUAUGGGCAUAAAAAGGAAGCAAUUCAAGCUAGUACAAAAGCCCCCAAAAUUUUUGUAGAUGCACAAAUUCCUGUAGCUUUGAAAUCCGAUCAUCCUAUAUCAAAUGCGCAAAAUUUGGCAUAUGAAGCUGCCAAAGCUUAUCAUUAUGGCCUUGAUGAACAUCAAUCUCUUGCAGCCAUUACAUCAGUGCCUGCAAAAGCACUUGGUCUGGGUCAUCGAAUUGGUCAAAUUUCUUUAGGAUAUGAUGCUGAUGUUGUGGUUUGGGAUUCUCAUCCCCUUUCAUUAGGCGCAACACCAUUAGAAGUAUAUAUCGAUGGAAUUCCUCAAUUUAAUACUUCUUUAAGCGUGCUUAGUAAUGAAACUUCAAAAGAAUCUUUAUCAGAUAAUAUACCAAAUUCCGAUUUUGCCAGGAAGCCUGUUAAAUCACGAACAACAUCCUCAAUUAUACUAAAAAAUAUUGACAGAAUUUAUGUUGAUAAAAACCACACAUAUUCUUCAGCAGAAGGGAAUAUCAGUAUCAUAGUUAAAGACAGCAUUAUUGAAUGUAUUGGUAUUAAUUGCAUAAUACCAAAUAAUCUUUCAUCGUACGAAAUAAUAGAUUUAAAUGGUGGCCAUGUAUUACCGGGGAUUAUUGCUGUUGGUCCUGCUUUAGGAUUAGCACAGAUCGAAACAGAAUUCUCUGCAAAUGAUGGGCAAGUGAUCCCUAUAAACAAUCCAUAUGAUGUUGAAGAUAUUAUAUAUGCAGUAGAUGGAUUAAAAUUAGGUGGAAAGCAUUUAGAAGCAGCAUAUAAAGCUGGAGUACUUACAGCU